CUCGAACCAAAAACUACCUUAAAGUAAAAUUGAAAACCGAAAGUACAUAGAAAAGUAGAAAACUGUACAGAAGUAAAGAGAGAGAGCUUUCUCCCUCUUUCUACGUAGAUCUCCAAAUAGACGUAGAUGUGUACAUACGAUACUCGACAGAUUCCAUUUUCCAGGCUCCAGCUCUGAAACUCUAACGCUAAUCGUCAUCGAUGGAGGCGCUUUCGACGGCGAUCAAGCCGCCGCUGAUUCUCCCAGUGACGACGGCGGCUCGAUGCGAUCAGAGGGUGCUUUCCUUUGGGUCGCUUCGGAGUCCAAGCGCAGACCAUGGUCGGAUGAGGAGACGAGUCGAGGCGAAUGCUCGGCCGGAGAGUCGCGUUUCUACCCCGCCGGGCAUUGAUUUCGGCGAUCCGGAUUGGAGGUCCAAGUACCAGAGGGAAUUCGAGGCGCGCUUCAGCAUUCCCCAUCUCACGGAUAUCCUGCAGGACGCUGUUUCGUAUCCUUCACCUUUCCGUCUCCGAAUGAGGACUCCUUUAAGUCCUGAUGUUGCGGAAGGUUAUCGAUCGGAUGAUGAAUGGCACGGAUAUAUUAACAACAAUGACAGAGUACUGCUCAAGGUGAUAAACUAUUCCUCUCCUACAUCUGCCGGUGCCGAAUGCAUUGAUCCAGGCUGUACAUGGGUGGAACAGUGGGUUCACCGUGCUGGACCACGAGAAAAAAUAUACUUUAAACCUGAAGAGGUAAAAGCAGCAAUUGUGACUUGUGGAGGUCUUUGUCCUGGUCUCAAUGAUGUAAUACGGCAGAUAGUCAUCACACUUGAGAUAUAUGGUGUUAAAAAGAUUGUGGGAAUUCCUUUUGGCUAUCGGGGGUUUUCUGACAGUAGUUUAUCUGAAAUGCCGUUAUCGAGGAAAGUGGUGCAAAAUAUCCACCUAUCAGGAGGAAGCAUGCUAGGAGUCUCCCGUGGAGGGCCGACUAUUAGUGAAAUUGUGGACAGUAUGGAGGAAAGAGGGAUCAAUAUGCUCUUUGUGCUGGGUGGAAAUGGUACACAUGCUGGUGCCAAUGCCAUACACAAAGAGUGCGGCAGAAGACGAUUAAAGGUAGCUGUAGUUGGUGUGCCAAAAACCAUAGACAACGAUAUUCUGCUUAUUGAUAAAACAUUUGGUUUUGAUACUGCUGUUGAAGAAGCGCAAAGAGCAAUCUACUCUGCGUAUAUUGAGGCACACAGUGCUUACCGUGGUAUUGGCGUAGUGAAACUGAUGGGCCGUAAUAGUGGAUUUAUAGCUAUGCAGGCAUCCCUUGCUAGUGGACAAAUUGAUAUAUGCUUGAUUCCAGAGGUGCCAUUUAAUCUUCAUGGACCUAAUGGUGUCCUAAGCCACCUAAAGUACCUCCUUGAGACAAAAGGAUCUGCUGUUGUCUGUGUUGCAGAGGGAGCUGGACAGGAUCUCGUUAAAAAAACCAAUGCUACAGAUGCAUCAGGGAAUAUCAUACUAGGAGAUAUCGGUGUACAUAUACAGCAGGAGACCAAGAAAUUCUUCAAGGAAAUUGGGUUUCCAGCAGACGUGAAAUACAUCGAUCCUACUUACAUGAUCCGUGCAUGUCGUGCAAAUGCCUCAGAUGGAAUUCUCUGCACUGUUCUUGGCCAAAAUGCUGUUCACGGUGCAUUUGCUGGGUAUAGUGGCAUCACAGUAGGAAUAUGCAAUACUCACUACGUCUAUUUUCCAAUCCCUGAAGUCAUUGCCCAGCCCAAAGUAGUCGACCCUAACAGCCGGAUGUGGCAUCGUUGUUUGACGUCAACAGGCCAACCGGAUUUCAUCUAAAUUUUUAAAAUAAAUAGGAAAAAAAAAGAAGGUAAAGUACAAUUUAACUCUGACAGACUUAUAAUAUUAUGCUAGCGAAACUGCAUUAACACUGGUUUCGUGAGACCCUAGCAGUUCAAAAUUCAAAAUCCGAUUUAAUUCCUUGUCAAAUUCUUGAAGUGUACAGUAUAGAGUAUCGAUGACCUUGCCUUCAGAGUUGGCGGGCGCAAUACUUUUUUUUUUUUUUUUUCU